ACACUCACACACUCUCUUUCUCUCCUUCUCUCUCUCUCACACUCCAUCACACUACCCACUCUCCCUCUCGCGCCCCGAUGCUCCGUCUGCCCGCGCUCUCCUUCAGCCCGCAGCAGGUCGCGCGCGUGUGCGAGACUUUGGAGGAGAGCGGCGACGUGGCGCGCCUCACGCGCUUCCUGUGGGCCCUGCCCUCCGCGGACCCGCAGCGCGAGCCUGAGACUGUGGUGCGUGCGCGCGCCGUGGCGGCGUUCCACGCGGGAGAGUACGGUGACCUGUACCGGCUCGCGCAGAGCCGCAGCUUCAGCUCCGCGGAGUCGCGCGCCGCGCUGCAGCGCUUGUGGCUCGAGGCGCGCUAUCGCGAGGCCGAGCGCGCGCGCGGACGGCCGCUGGGCGCUGUGGACCGGUACCGCGUGCGCAGGAAGUUUCCGCCGCCGCUCACUGUCUGGGACGGAGAGCGGCGCGCGCACUGUUUCCGGGACCGCGCCCGGCGCGUGCUGCGGCAGAGUUACCUGCGGGAGCCUUACCCGGACACGCCCGCCAAGAGCGAACUGGCGCGCGCCACCGGACUGACGGCCACGCAGGUGGGGAACUGGUUCAAGAACCGGAGACAGAGAGACCGAGCGGCGGCCACCAGGAUACAGCAGCAGGUUUUAUCCGGUGACUCGGUCCAGUCUCUUCUGCUGGACAACGAAGGACCUGUAGACGCUCCGAGUGUUUCAUCCAACCUGGAAAAGACGAAGAAAGCCGCUGAGGCCUCCUGCGCUGACUCCAUCACCUCCAGCGACAGCAGUGUGAGAUGUAGAGUGGGAGCUGGUGGUUCUGGUUCUGGAGAUGUAAUACAGUAAGAUUCACUCUCAGGCAUAAAGGCUGGGGCAGUGGCCCUCCUGUCUGGGUGAGACCCUCAGGGCUCUGUCUCAGUACCUUCAGUCAGGGAUCAUAACUGAACCAUGAUCCACUGAAAUGAUCUGUUCUAAGCUGGACUGACUC